CAGCCUCUGUGCACCAACGGACCGAACUGGACCAUCUGACAGGCAAGCAUCAGGCUGACCUAAACCGAAUAUUUCGUUCCUGUUCGCGAGCGACUUCUGGGACGCCCCCCAAACCACCCCGGUCGCCCUAGACGGAUCAGCCGGACCCUUCUCUAGCCCGCCUUCGGCCUCAAGGACUCUUCCGAAUGCACGAAGCUGCUUUGCCUGAGCGAGUAAUAAAACGAAUAUGGCUCGUUGCCAUCCUUUCGUACGAUUCGACGGGCCAGAUGGGGGGGUUGGCGAAAGCGCCUAUUCAGUCUGGCUGAUCUUCCCCAUGACUGUUGCUUAUGUGGAUUGGUAACCGGCCGUGAGUCGCUUUUAAUCACCUGUCCGGCCACCCCUCUCCCACGCUUCUUAUGAUCAGAUUUCCGACACUGCAAGGUCUUGUCCUCUUGCAUACUUUUUCGAUCAAACCACAAGAUAUCUGCCUUGGCACCGUUUUCAAGACUGAGAACAACACCGAGGCGUAACACGAAGAGGAUACUCGAUAUCAACCACCUCAACACGUGCAUCCCAAGUACUUGCCACGCAUAUACUUGUCAGACCAGCCAUGGCGCCAGUAAUAUGGGGGCUCGACCUGAGAGACAUCCAUUGGAAGAAGUUUGGGAACAACUAUAUGUGGAAGAAUAAAGACUACCACAUGCGACGGACGAAGUUUGUCAUCUAUCAGCUUGCCAUGAUAUGCAUGGUUGUAUCCGAAUCAAUAGGCACCGCUGCCUUGACAGACUACGUGAAGCAACAGUCGAGGAUCGAGAGUUUACACUCGUCGGCGGCUGUGCACAACGACGACUUCGUUGGCAUUGCUUCGUACAAUAUCUUCUGUGGUGUGGCAGUUGCCACCGUCUUUGGGGCUGCGUUCUUCUUCGAUCUCUUCUUCCCAGAGCGCUAUGAACCCAAGAACAUUCGGUGGUCAUGGAGACUGAGUGCCGUCUUCGUGACGUUGUGUACGAUUGGUGAUGCGUUGGCAUUCACUGUCAUUGUCGCAACCGGAAAGUCCUGGAUUUCGGCCGAUACGCAGGAUGCAGAAGAGAUUGCUCAAGAGAAGAUCAAUCCUCCGUUGGUCUAUCGACACAACGGUAGAGCAAUCGCCGCUACAGUGUUCUUGUGGCUCGGCUUGUGUGCCACGGUGGCUAGCUGUAUCCUCAUGUGGCUCUACUACCAGCAUCACGAUACCUACGGCCCGAAAUCUCACACCGCUCGCAUGCGGGAUGAGGUUGACAAGACAAUCUUGAUCAACGAGCGAGCGCAAACUGGCAUGAGCUCCCGAGAGCAAAUGGCUUUCAACUCAAUGUAAGGACUUGCACAUCUGUUGGAGCGAAGGACAUGCCGAUUCUAAUGUCCUCUCUAGCCCGUACAAGCCUUGAAACCAUGACACUUCCCCAUCCAUGGAUGGAAGAGUACAAACUUAGCCAGACAUGAGCAGGAGUCGAAUGGGUCUCUUCCCAUUCUCACAACCGAAGCAGGGCAACGUUUACGUGCCCUUUGGCCGCAACCCGUACCUUCGCAGAGGGAAGGAGUUGUCAAGGCCCACUGUGGUCGAGCCCUAUGCUCGAAAAGACGUACCACUUUCUUGUUUGUAUGUGGUGUCCACAUAAUACGUCAAGCGUUUAGCAUCUGUGGUGGCGUUGUGUGAAGGCGAAAUCGUAGACGGCGACGGCUGUUCGUCGGCGUCUUAAAGGGCCAUCAAGCAGGAAGCCUGCUUGGACCGAGUACAAAAUUUGGGGGAGCGUUAAGGACGGGAGCAUCGGAUCGUCCGGGAAGAGGACUACGGUGGAGUUUGGUGAUCAUGGACUAAUUGAUGGUAUCUUGAGCGUUUCUCUGACUUGGCACGUGUCCAUGAUGUAGUUUUGAAACCAGGAGAUGAAUGGAUUUGCUAUGAGGUGACGGGUUCAGCCUUGCGCCUCGUUCACCCCGCUGUGCUAUUCAGGCCUAGUGCAGCCUUACUGCAGCCUUGGCAGUCGUAUAGCUCCAAAAAGUCGCAAAGUUGCUACUGAACACACUGCGAUAACAUCUCAACCCAGC